ACGCGUUCGUCACCACGGCAACGGCGUCCGGCCUUGAUCUUGUCGGGCCUGCGCCAUGGAGGAUCUGUUGCCAGAGAUUUUGCUGCCGGGCGAAGCCGAAAUCUUGGUGGAGUCGUUCAGGAGUUUCCAGCUGCGGGAUAUCGGAAGCCAUGAGUGGCUACGGCAACAGGAAAUGAUUGAAAAGCUGAACAUGCAAGCCAUACUGAGUGCUUCUGCUGGCCAUGAGCAGAUUCUUAUUGAGCUUCUGGUGAAUAAUGGCAAGAUCCCAACUCUCAUUGAAGAAUUAAUUACUGUGGCCAUUUGGAAGCAAAAGAUCUUCCCUAUACUAUGCAAACUGGAGGAUUUCAAACCGAAAAGCACUUUUCCCUUGUAUUUAGUGCUGCGACAUGAAGCUUCAAUUAUUAAUCUCUUGGAGACUGUAUUUUUUCACAAGGAAAUCUGUGAAUCAGCAGAGGAUACCAUUCUGGAUUUAAUAGAUUAUACCCAUAGGAAACUGACCCUGUUAGCAGCUCAAAGUGCCAAUGGGAAGAUACCAUUUGAACAAAAGCUUCAACCUGAGGAUCUUGCCAAUCUUUCAUCAAUGCAGGAACUCAAGAAGCAAGCUGAAAUGAUGGAGUUUGAGAUCUCACUGAGAGCUCUUUCAGUGUUCCGCUUCAUUACUGAUGUGAUAGAGAGUUUGCCAGUAAGUUCUGUGACAAGAAUGUUGAAUACCCACAAUUUUCCAUGCCUUCUGGUGCAGCUCUUAGAGCAUUGUCCAUGGACCAAUCGUGAAGAAGGAAAAUUGAAGAAAUUUGAGAAUGGUUCAUGGUAUGAAGUUGCCCCUGAAGACCGCAUGAAGAUGACUAAAUUGGAUGGGCAAGUGUGGCUUGCUCUUUAUAACCUACUCCUUAGCCCAGAAUGCCAGCGCAAGUAUGAAUUCAAUAGUUUUAACAAAAGCCAGCUCCUCAAGCUUCGUGCCUUCCUGACCGAUGUUCUUGUUGACCAAUUUCCCAAUCUUUUGGAGAUGCAGAAAUUCCUGAGCCAUCUUGCUGUAACAGACCCUGAUCCACCUAAGAAGGACCUCAUACUGGAGCAAGUUCCUGAAAUCUGGGAUCAAGUUGUCAGAAAAAACUCUGGAAAAUGGCAAGCAAUUGCCAAGCACCAAGUAAACAAUAUGUUUAGUCCUUCAGAAGAGGAGCUGAAAAGCCAGGCUUAUAGAUGGGCAAAGACAUAUAACCUGGAUGUCAUGGAAGCCCUAAUUCCAGAUAAACCCAAGUGUGCAAUGUGUGGCUCUGCGGCCACAAAACGCUGCUCCCGUUGUAGGAAUGAAUGGUAUUGCAAACGAGAGUGUCAAGUGCAGCACUGGCAAAAGCACAAGAAAGCUUGCAAUUUGAUUGCCAGUACAGUGAAGAAAAUACAGGAAGAUGUACAGAUGCAAGCAACAUCCAUUAAGUAAUUCUGAUGGUCAGAAAAAAAUAUCUAACAAAUAUAUAACAUUCAGAAUGACAGAGUAAAAAAAGCCACCAAGUUAAUAAUUAAUGCUUUUUAAAAGCAUUUGAUUUAACAAAUGUCGGCUAACAUGAUUCUCAAAUUUUAGGAGAUAAAUCUUAGUAGAGAACUAUUUCUGGGGUCAUUUAUCUCCCUUAUGAAUAUCACUGUCAUUUAUGUAUCCUAAAUUUUAGAUGAGACUAUGCUGUAUUGCUCAAGCAUUAGUAUCAAGCUCUGAAUUUUAGGAAUUUGAAGAGUUAAGUAGGUUAUAAAUGGAGAGAGUUUUUUGUUUGUCAUUCAAGAUUCUUUAGCUUCUGAGGCUUAUUUUGUAGAUUACCUAACUCUACAUACCUUUCCCAUGGCAUAUAUACUUAACUAGUAUUUCUGCAGUAAUGAAUGACAUCAUAGGUAAUGAAACUGACUCGCAAAACUUCUUCCUUCUUCUUAUAAGCAGAAAUAGCUUACAACCAUUUGAGAACAAAAGCCUAUGUCUUAAUUUUAAAAGAACCUUUUUGGUCUAAUGAUAUUGCUAACUUAAAAGACACAGAUCUCCUAAGCUGUUUGCAUAUCUAUUUCUGCACUGUUGGAGACUGUCAAAAUCAGAUUUUGUUGUAUUAUUUUUUUCAUUAGGACAAGAAUUUUAUGAUACUAAUUCAAUCUUCUGCUGUCAGCUCUGUGAAAUCGCACUGAUACAUAAAUCUGGUCUCAAGAAUUUAGGUACAGUUUUAUGACCAGUAAUUUCACAAUUACAUUACAGUUUCUUAAUUAAGGGCCUAGUAUUUUAGACAUUUAUGUAGCAAAUUCUUUGUUUUUAUGAAACUAACUGGACUUAAGUGCAUUCUGCAUGAUUUAUAAAAGCAGAUAUAUUGUAGCCUACUAAGCAUUUUUAAAGAAGAAUAUAUAUUGCUGGAGUGGAUGACUAGAACUAAAAAAUGGAUAGGAAUAUUUAAUCCCUGCCCUUCUCAAAUCACCAGCCACUUAUGCAGCAUUUCCUUUUGUACAACUUCAAAUUCAUAAGGAUUAGUUAUUUGUAUUGGUGGGUAAUAGUUUAUCCUUAACUGGUUCCAGUUAUAUUAAUAGAGCAAUGAAGUACAAUUAAAGUUCUCUGAACAGGCCUUGGUAUUUGCAAAUUAUAUGCUCUAUCAAAAUGGUUUACAUCCUUGGGUUGUGGAGAGGAGAAAGGUCAAGCAUUAUCAACUGUACCACAGUUUCUGAAUUGUAUAAGUGUUAGAUUAUAUUUUUUCCCAUGUCAGAAGAAGAAGACUUUGAAGGAAGAGAAGGGGAAAGGAUGUGGUAAAUUAAGAAUUUCAGUUUACUGAGCUAUAUGGUUUCAUACAUAUCACAUGAUAUUUUCCAUGCUAGUGAGAAAGCUGCCUCUGUUAUUUAGUACUUAUUUUGGUUUAAAAAAAACACCCACUAAUAAUCUGCUAUAUGUGAGCUUUUAGUGUUACUGAAUAACUAAUAAUCUCCUGGGGAAAAAUCACAGGAGAUGGAAUACAAUUCUAAAUGGAAAAUGUUUAAUUAUCUAUUCUUAAUUUUUCUAAGAUGUUUAACAACAAAUUUUAGUUUAUUUCUGAAAAUCAUAGCUCUCUGGGUUUUUUCUUCUAGCCAAAGUGUGAUUUUGAGAAAAGCAAUUCUUAAUAUGUAGAAUCCUCUUAAAUUUGAAUUUUGGAAUUAUACUUUUACUCUGUGUUCCAUAUAUUUUCAACAUGCUUGCACUCAUCUAUGCCUCCAUAAUAUAGUCCAAAAUUUAAGUGCUUUUGAAAAAAAAAUCUGAAAUCUCACUGAUUUUGAAAAAUGUCAGCAAUUCCCUCAAAACACCAUACUAUUUCUUCCUUAGUCCCUUCUACCCUGAUUAAAGACAAUGACCACAUUCUUUAAAUAAGCAACUUGACAUAUUCCAGGCUGUCUCUAUAUGCUUAGUUUUUUUACAUUAUAAAGCUGAGAUACCAAUUGUUUAAUAAUGAAUCAACUUAAGGUCUUCAAAUGAUAUAAUCUAUGUAACAAUUAUUGUUUUCAGUCAGGAAAUAUCGUUAAGUCAUAUGCAUAAUAACUCAUUUACAAAUAUUUUCCUUCAUUAAUUUCCGUUUUAUUUUUUCCAUAACAUAUUCUGAUUACAUGCCUCAUUCCAAGAAAGCUGGGAACAAAAAAAAAUCAGAUGUAUUGUCUUGUUCAUAGGUUUUUUAAUUAACUGGCAGUAGUAGAUGAGCUGCUGGCCAAGAGAGGAAAAUAUUCCAGCAGUUAAAUUUACGUUGAAAAAUUGUUAGCUGACUUUAGAGUGAACUUUAAAAUGCUGCAACUUUUACAACAGAGCCCUCCUUUUACCUAUUCCUGAAAGACUCCUCCCAUGUAGAAAAUACUGCAGGGGCAGAAGUUUUUCAAAGUUCAACUGCAUUUCAUAGUAAGUGCAAGGUACAUAAUGCAGCGCUGCAUUUACCUCUGACAAAAAUAAGAGAGUUAUGUUUGUUGUUUCAUUGUUAAUAAAAUUUUCUUAUUGCAAUUGUC